GAAAUGUCCAUGAGUUGUCUGCACUUUUGACAAAUUAUUUAUAGGGUGCACCUCCACGUAUUUUGCUUAGAAUUUUCUGUGUUUUCCUGGUCAAAAAACUCCCUAAAAAUGGUGUCAGUGCUGAAUUCUGUCGACACGGGCCAUGAAGAUUUGAUCCACAGUGCAGAGGUGGAUUACUACGGAUUGCGUCUGGCCACAUGCUCGUCCGAUCACACGGUGAAGGUGUUUGACAUCAAGGGCGGGAAUCACCGGCAAAUUGCGGAGCUGAGGAGCCACUGUGGGCCCGUGUGGCAGGUUGCCUGGGCACAUCCGAGAUUCGGCAAUAUCCUGGCAUCGUGUUCGUACGACAGGAAGGUGAUUGUGUGGAAGGAGGCGGACGAUUGGGCAAAGUGCUAUGAGUAUGGGAAUCACGAUUCUUCGGUGAAUUCUGUGGCUUGGGCACCUCCGGAACAUGGCUUGAUUCUCGCUUGUGGCUCCUCUGACGGCACCAUUUCCAUCCUUACGUGCAACACUGCCCUGGACACGUGGGAAGCCAAGAGAAUUCCCAAUGCUCACACAAUUGGCUGCAACUCGGUCAGUUGGUGUCCGGCUUCGCUUCCGGACGCCUCAUUUGAUCAGAGUGUCUCGAAGGCGACCCCUGCUGUCAAGAGGUUAGUUUCCGGAGGUUGCGACAACUUCGUGAAGAUCUGGAGGGAGGACGGAGAUAGAUGGAUUGAGGAAAGUCGCCUGGAGUUGCACACGGACUGGGUCAGGGAUGUAGCUUGGGCACCCAAUAUUGGGCUACCACAUACUCAGAUCGCCUCCUGUAGCCAGGACAAGAGGGUGAUUGUGUGGAACAGCGAUAAUCAUGUCAACUGGACACCCACCGUGCUCAAUGUCUUCGACGAUGUGGUUUGGAAUGUCAGCUGGUCAGCCACUGGGAACAUCCUGGCGGUGUCCGGAGGUGACAACAACAUCACGCUGUGGAAGGAGAACAACGAUCGCCAGUGGAUCUGCAUCAGCAACGACUCCAAUCCGCCACUGACCAGCAACGGGGCUGAGAAGAAUCUCUGAGCCAGUGCUGCUUAGUCCGGGAAUUGAUAAUCUUUCUUCUAUCUUGAAAAUCUUGUAAACAUUUUUCCAAUAAAAUUAAUUAUAAAAAAUUAUGGGUUUUUGUGACU